AUGACAAUCGAAGAGCCUUCUCAAGAUUCCGAUAUCCUCAUCCCUCCAUACACUCCACAGGAAAUAGAAGCUAUCAACGUUCAAUUAGAAGGGAAAUCACCGCAGGAGAUACUCACUUGGGCUGUUGAUAAUCUAGAUGGAUUAUAUCAGACCACGGCAUUUGGUUUGACUGGAUUAGCAGCUUUGGAUAUGAUUUCGAAGAUUUCUCAAGAGAGAGGAGUCACGCAUUUGGUACCUCUUAUCUUUCUCGAUACCCUUCAUCAUUUCCCAGAAACAAUCUCCUUAGCCGAAAUCGCUUCCGAAACAUACUUGGCACCUUUACACAUCUACAAACCCUUCUCCGUCGAUACGCCCGAGGAGUUCGCAACGAAAUACGGUUCAAAUUUAUGGGAAACCGAUGAAGCGGCGUACGAUUAUCUCGUAAAGGUUGAACCUGCCUCCAGGGCGUAUAAAGAAAUCGGUGUGAGAGCUGUGAUAACUGGUCGAAGGAGAAGUCAAGGUGGAGAGAGAAGUUUAAUGAAAGCUAUAGAGGUUGAUGAGAGAGGUUUGAUAAAGGUUAAUCCGUUAGGCGGGUGGAAUUUCAAAGAGGUGAAAGAGUAUGUGGAUAAAGAAAACGUCCCUUACAACCCUCUCCUAGAUAAAGGUUAUCGUUCCAUUGGUGAUAUCCAUUCCACAGCUUUACCUGAUCCUUCUUUAGCAUCAGACGAAGCGGAAAGAUCAGGUAGAUGGAAAGGAAAAUCAAAAACCGAAUGUGGAUUACACGUUAAUUAUUUCGAUAUGAAAGAAAAGUUUGGUAAAGGUCAAAUUGCUUAA